UGUAUCUGAAUCAAAUCUUUAGUUAAAAAAAACACAGUCAAAACACUUUUUUGCCGACUGGCAGUAUGUUAUAUUUUGUUCGUCUGAUAGGCAGGUACAAACGACACUGCCUGUGUAGAAAUAAAAUAUAUUUCUAUUUAAUACGGGUUUUAAAAGCUUAGAUUACAAAUGUAGUGCAACGAUGGUUUUAAAAUCCAAGUGAAAUGGAAAGGACACGUUUUGAUACAUAUAUGAUAGCUUAUUUCAAUUUUUUUGUACACGGACUUGAGUAAGCGUCUAUUCCACCAUCUCUUAGCAACCAACUGUCCGCUUUCAAGACAGAAUGGCAAAAUUUGUAUUGGCCGGUAAAUCCGACUGCCCUCAUUUUGCAAGAGCAGAACUUUUAGCAGACGCUCUGUAUCGAUCUCUGCCAAACUUCAGGGUCCAUAAAAUCUCCAUCAUCCCACAUGAAUGGAAGGGGUGGUUGGAGGCGACUUGCUAUAGAAAUGGCUGGAAACAUGAGGAGUCUCCUGUGGUGUGGAGGGAACUUGUUGAUCAAGGAGGCAAACGGAUGCUUUUAGGAGGCUUCAGUGACUUCUUGGAACAUUGCCGGGAUUAUUAUAAUUUUACAUCAGACAUGGAUUCAGAAACAAUGCUGCGUGUGGCAGCAGAAAACCUGGAGACUAAGAUUAAAUUAAUUGCAGAGGAGCAGCAUCGUCUCAGUGUCAUCAAACCCCUUCACAUAUGGAUCACUGGGGCUCUUUCCACAACCUCCUCCUUCCUGAUCCCCAAUCUGCUGUCCAAUGAAGUGUUUCCUGAUGCUGCUGCUCUCAGCCUCCACCUGCUGGACCUACAGGGCAGUGAGCAGGAACUAAAGGGGCUGAAAAUGGAGGUAGAGGACUUGUCUUCCUCUCUCCUCCAUCAGGUUACCAUUGACACUGAUCUGGAGCAAGCCUUCCACCAAGCAGAUGUUAUCCUCUUUCUUGAGGAGUGCUGGUCUGGUGACAGUGACACAAAGGGAGAGAGUGAUGAGGAAAAGAAAGAGAAGAAAUUACAGAUCAUUUCUGACCGCUACACAGAGUAUGGGCGACUGAUUAACAGAAGAGCCAACGCGGAUGUGAAGGUGAUUGUGUCUGGAGACUCAUUUGUCAACAUGAGAUGUUCACUCCUGGUGGACGCUGCCUGCUCUAUGGACAGUAACCAGUUUGUGGCCACAGCAAGUCAAGUGGAGAAUGAAGCCAGGGCCGUGAUAGCAGAGAAGCUUGGAGUUCAGACUUCAGACGUCACAGAUGUGAUCGUGUGGGGAAAUAUCACUGGUAGUUUCUACACUGACCUGCAGAGGGUGCAGGUUUUCAACUUUGGCGGCGCAAUCACAGGCCCGCCCUUUUUUUCCCAGUCCCUGCACACAAUUUUCCACGACAGGAAAUGGUUGGAGUCUGAAUUCCAGGACUUGGUACAUUGUCGACGCACAGCCGUGGCUUCAAAAAGCAGCCGAGCAGCAGCUGCGUCAGGUGCUCAUGGGAUCCUGACCAUCCUGAAGGCUUGGAAUGGAAACUGUGGAGCAGACGAAACCUUCUCCUUAGGUGUUGUUUGCCCAGGUUUCUAUGGCGUCCCUGAAGGCAUCGUCCUUUCAGUCCCUGUGUCUUUCACAGACAGGAAAUGGUCAGUGCUGUUGGACGUGGCUGUUGGUGAUGACCUCAAACAGAGACUGCAGGUUUCCACCAGUGAAAUCAGACUGGAAAAAGAACGAGGCUCAAAAAAACAGCAGGACGGCCUUGACAACAGGCUGCAAAAAGGAGCAAAAUGGUGAUGAAACACAAUCCAGAGAAAUCUUGUAGUUUUUUUCAGUUUGUCUUUUUAUUCUCAAGUUUCACAUAU